GAUUCUAUAUUAAGUCAGAGAAUUUAGUCUAGUUCAAUAAGUGAUUGUAUGUAUAAUGUGAUAUGAACUAGGACCUAGCCUAAUUGUUUUGCAUAUCUGUAUAAGCCUCCAAAAUAGCAACAGAAAUGCAGAGCUAAUUAUGAGUCCACUAUGAUAUACUGGCGUUCUUCACAUAAUUAUUUGUUUGCUGGAUGUAAAAUGUCGGUCAAGGCCAAACGACAGAGAUGUGUUGGGUCUUCCUGUCACCAUGGCCCUACCAACACAUACCUUGUGAGCACACCUGUGGGUACUAUGGAACUUGUGAGCUGUCCUCGGGGUCUCCACUAUAUGUCGCAGACGGAUGAAACAGAUGAAAACUUUACACCAGACAAAAGUGUGGAGGUGAUGGUGACGUCCCAGAAGUAUCAGGACAAUGGCUACACCUACAAACCUCUCCUACUGGGUGUAGACUGGCUCAAAUACUACUUCAAAGGACAACAUAAAUGCCAAGUGUCACCCUCAAUAUGUGCAUCUGUGUUUAAAGAAGGGUCUUUUACAGAGACAGUCUGGAAGACACUUCCAGAGAAGGUGAAGUUUGGACAGAGUGUUUCCUAUACCCAGCUAGCAAACUUAAGUGGUAACAUAAAGGCUUGUCGUGCUGUAGGUGCAGCGAUGAAGGCUAAUCCAAUACAGCUCAUCAUCCCUUGUCACCGUGUUUUGCCUGAAGGAGGUGGCGUUGGAAACUACAGUGGGGGCAAAAAGAACAAGAUGAAGUUGUGGCUUCUCAAACAUGAAGGGAUCAUCAAGUGAGAGGACAAUCUGGGUAGAUAAAUCACCACCUUGUUGAACCAAUCAUGUAUACUGUGAUAGAAUUAUGAUUCAAGAGGAGUUCUUUGACCUGUGAUUGUGAAGGAAAGAAUUAUAUACUGUACAUUUAGUAUGCAGAUAUUUGAACUGUAGGCAGUAUUUUUCCUGUGGAUUUUUCUAACUGAUUGGUAUAUACAUUUAAAUCACAGCAAUUAAAUGUACUUAACAUACGAGGUAAAAUUUCCAUUUCAGAUCAAUUUCAGUAGCAUAAUUCCUUGUUUUUAAGGUGAAUAGCAAUACAACAAAGUAUUUUUUAGUUUGGUUAAUACAAACUUUUAUUACUGAUGUAUAAUUUUGACACAUUUUUGUAUCAACUUUGCCCUAUUGACAGUUUAGUUAUUUUGGGUGUAACUUUAACCCUUUUUUGCAUCACAUAUGAAAAUUUUCUUUGAAAUACUCCAGAAGUCUGAGGAAAUGAGAGAAAUAUGAUAAUUUGAAGAUUUGUUUUCAAACAAAAAAAAUUAGUUUCCAUGACCUUACAGAUGUUAGACUGACCAGUUGAUAAUUUCCAGCCAUACAUUUGUCUCCCUUGUAUAUUGUGCUGACUCAUAUGAUGGAUACUUGUACACAAUAUUUGACUGAAAAUCUCAAUCAGUGGUCCUGCUAUUACCAUUGCUACGAGGGCUGAUUGAUAUGUUGUGAGCCUCAUAUUGAAGGAUAUGAAUUUUGCAGGACAUAUUGUAUUAUUUUUCAGCAUAAUCCCCUUCAGUAUCUAUAAACUUUUGCCAGCGGUGUUUAAGGGCCUCAAUGCCACUUUUAUAGAACCCCUUUUCUUGGCUGUUCAGAAAGUCAUGCACUGCAUGUAUGACGUCAUCAUCGGACUUAAAGUGGGUGCCUGAACUAGCUGUUGGAGUGAGAUGAGGUGAAUAAGGCGGAUGAUCAAAUCGUAAAUGGCAGCCCUGGCAAUGACAGACUUGUGAACAGGCAUUGUUCUGAUGAAAUAACAACUUUAGUGAGCUUUUUGCGGCGCUUAAGUUUAAUAUUUUCCUGUAACUGCCUCAGAAGUGAAGCAUAGUAUGUGCCAUGAUUGUUUGUCCCUUUUGGAGAUGAUCUAUCAGCAGAAUACCAUCUGCAUCCCAGAAAACCGAGGCCAUAACCUUCCCAGCUGAUGGAACAGUCUUUUGCCUUCUUUGCAGGGGAGAGCCUUGGUGCUUCCAUUGUUUCGAUUGUUGUUUGGCCUCUGGGAUUAAAAUAAUGGACCCAUGUUUCAUCCAUAGUGAAAUCUCUGAAGAAAGUUGGCAGGAUCUUCUUCAAAAAGAUUAAGAUUAGCAUGCCAUAAUUUGCACCUUGUGAUGUGCUUCUGAUAAACUGUCAGAAGUCUUGGUACCCAUCGAGCCGAAAACUUUCUCAUUGCAAGAUCCUCGGUCGGAAUUGAAUGUACUCUUUCCUGUGAAAUGCUAACUCUACUGGCUAUAUAUCUUUCUGUGACUCGUCUGUCAGUCAACAAUAUCAUGAACUUUGUUGACUAUUUCUGGGGUUGCAACAUUGACAGUCCUUCCAGGAUGGGGGGGGGUGUCAUCCUGAAGGCCCUGUCUGCCGUGCCAUCCACCUUUUCACUGUAGCAUAUGAAGGGGCAUGUUUCCCUAGUGUUGCUACCAUAUCAUUAUGGAUAUCCUUAGGUGUUGAACCUUUUUUAUUCAAAUAUUGGAUCACUGCUCUUUCACCGAUUUUGUCCAUUUUGCAAAGCCACUUGUCUUGUUUACUUUAGAGUGCUACCUCGUUGAUAUAAACUCACCAAAUGAGACCAGUCCUUGGGUACAUGGCCCUAUAUAGUCAGAGAAUUGUAGGACUUAAAAAGAACAUCCUCGAGUACCUCCUUCAAUACGAGGCUCACAACAUAUGAAUCAUCCCUCGUUUGCUUCAAAGAAAGUAAGAUGGAAAUUGUCUAGCCUUUGUGAUUUUUCCGGUUUAAAUAAGAUUCUUUAAUAGUUUUGAUGACUGUCUCCUCCUAUACAAUAAGAUUGGGUAUUUCUACAUUUGCCUUUUUAUGCUGUGGUUGUGGGGCGAUUCCCUCUUCCUUCACAGACUCUUACGAAGAGUACAUUUGCCUUUCCAACAUCAGACUGUGGAAUUGAACAUGAACAUUAUUUUGACAUUUGGUCAAAUCCAACCAGGUGAGCGACAGAGGCCCUUCUUCAUGAACAAGAGGCCCAGAGGGCCUGCAUCGCUCAUCUGGAUAUUUAAGUAAUUUUAGCAAUAUACUCUUAACUUAAGUUAUAUUUUCCUACUUUUGAACUGCCUUUCCCAACCAUGGUUCAAACUACAGGCGGAUUAAUCCUGUCAUUCUCGAAAAAAGUUUUUUUUUUUUUUUUUUUUUUGCUGUAUUUUCCUUAUUGGGCACCCUUUUUCCCGCCCCAAUGGUCUCACAUCCUUUAUUUAUACAACAUUGCCAAAUAAUCCUCUAGACCAAAUUUCAUCCACUCUACGAAGUUGUUCAGGACAAAUAAUUAUCUAUACCAAAUUUCGUCCAAUCUGUUAAGUUGUUCAGGACAAGUAGUCUUUUAAAAAGAUACCCUUCAAGCCAGGUUGAGCAAAAGAAUUGUUAACGAUAAUAUAUUACAAAGGGCAAUAUUUCAGCAAGUACUGUCAAAUACCGGUAAAUGCCAUUUUCAAACUUGUACAAGAUCUUGACGAUAUAUGGCUACAUACAAAGUUUUAUCAAACUUGGUUGAUAAAUUAUAUUUACUUCAGUUAUAUUGUUUACAAGGUCCAAUAAUUAUAUUAUUACAAAGGGCAAUAACUCUGCAAGCUUUGUUACUGUCAAAUAAUGUCCUUUUUCGAACUCGUCAAAUAAUUUCCUUUUUGCGAACUUGUUUGAGAUCUUGUUAAUAUCUGACUGCUUACAAAGUUUCAUCAAAAUUGGUUGAUAUUUCUAAAAGUUCACGAGGUAAUUGUUGACGGACGCUAGACACCAUGGUAAAGCAUAAGCUCACCUUGGUUCUUUGAUUUAGGGGAACUAAAAAACAAGCAAGUUAUUUUGUACGUAUUGAAACAAAACAUUUAUUCAAUCACAAUUUCUGUUAAUUAUCACUGAAACAAAACAUUUAUUUAAUAACAAUUUCUGAUUAUCACUGUUAAAAUCUUUUUUAACUUUACCAAGUUCUGGGUAUAACACUUAUGAUUACAAAAAUAUACAAUAUCUAUUUCUUGGUAAAAUUGGUUAUUUGAUAUAAAGAUAUAUUCACGACUUUGUAUUACUUUUGAAACACCAGUCUUCUUUUGGCUUCAGAUUUUCUUUGCUGUUCGCAGAAGGCUUCAGCAAUAUCAUAUUAAAAACUUAGUUCUACAACUAUUUUUACAUGAAAACAAAAAUAUUACAGAUCACAGAGUAUUCACUGACAAAUGGACGGAUUACUCAAUGUUUAAAACUAUUCUAAUUUGGAAAGAAAAAAGAAAAAACAUUGAUCUCCAAUAAUGAGUAUCAAAACAAAGAGCAGUAAAAACUAGCCGUAUUUGGUAAUGUGAGCAAAUAUUUUGAGGAGUAUAAGAUUUUUGAGUACAUGUAAUUGUUGCCAUGCUUCUUAAAUUAUUACAAGGAACAUAUUUGAUAGUGAUUGACUUAAUAGGAUGUUGAUUGCCCUUAUGCCACAAGUGUAAAUUAACACUUAAUUACCUGGUAUACAUGGAUUUGUAUUCUUACCUGCACUGAUAAGCUCGUAAUGGACAAAAUGAGUAAUAAAUCAGAAAAAAACA